AUGCAACGCGAAACAGGGCUGGUCAUUCGACGUGGCCAAGAUUUUUAUUUAAAUCUAACUCUCAAUCGUGAUUAUGAUGGAAGUACUGAUGAAGUAACACUGGUGUUCAACGUGGAGGGUGAAUCAAAUCUUUUCAAUGUCAAUGAUAAAACACCAGAAAUUUCAAUACCGCUGAUGGAUAUUAUUAAACCAGGAAAAAGUGCUGCAUCAUUAGACACAAUCAACAUUCAUUCAAUUAAAAUCAAGGUAUUUUUACCGGCUGAUAUUUGCAUUGCCAAGUACCGUUUGAGUAUUGAAACAAAUGCAAAAAGUGUUGUAUCCAGAGCAGCAAGUUUCAAGAUUAACCAGUUGUUUUAUGUUAUAUUCAAUCCAUGGUGUAGAGAUGAUGAUGUCUUUGUGAGUGAUGAAGAUCAUCGUCAAGAGUACGUUUUGUCUGAGGAUGGAUUAAUUUGGACUGGCAAUGCUUACCAAAUGGAAGCAAGACCAUGGGCUUUUCGUCACUUCAGCAGAGAUGUACUUGACUGUGCAUUUUAUUUGAUCAAUGCAAAAUCAAAUAUUGAUGUUGUUAAUAGAACAAGUCCAAUACAUAUAUCACGUGCAUUAUCAGCUCUUGCCAAUGCAAAUGAUUAUGAUGAAGGAAUUUUACUUGGUAGAUGGGAUGGAAAUUAUGUAGAUGGAAAACAUCCUUGUUCAUGGGUGGGGUCAAGUGAAAUCAUUCAAAAAUAUCACAAAGAAAAAAAUUCAAUCAAGUAUGGACAAUGCUGGGUUUAUGGUGGUAUUUUGGCUACACUUUGUAGAGCUCUUGGAAUACCUUCAAGAGUUGUUACCAACUUUGAAAGUGCUCAUGACACUAAUGGCAAUUUGAGAAUUGAAAGAUGCUUUGAUUCACAAGGAAAAGAAAUUCAAGAUGAAGAAUUUACUGGUGACUCUGUUUGGAAUUUCCAUGUAUGGAAUGAAGUCUGGAUGAGAAGAAUGGACUUGGAAGAUGAUCGUUAUGAUGGCUGGCAGGUUAUUGAUGCUACACCUCAAGAAGAAAGUGGUGAUGAUGAUGGCUACCGGGGUCAAUAUGCAUGUGGACCUGUUCCAGUCUUGGCUGUUAAACUUGGAGACCUGGAUGUACCAUAUGAUGGUAAAUUUGUAUUUGCUGAAGUUAAUGCUGACAUAUACUACUUCAGGAAAAGUAAAACUAAUGAAAGAAAAAUGUUUGACAGAGUUGAUCAACACAGAGUUGGACAAAAUAUUAGUACAAAAGCUGUUGGUUCCUAUCAACGAGAAGACAUUACUGACUCGUAUAAAUUUCCAGAAGAUUCCAUUGAAAAUCGUGAAUCAUUCCACAAAGCUCGUACUCAUUGCCAAAGUUCUGGCGCAAAUGAGAUUGAUUGCCCUGCAACAAAUUUCAACAGCAUCAAAUUCAAUCUAGAUGCAACAAAAAAUGUUGAAAUUGGACAACCAAUAAGCAUUGUUUUAUCAAUGAAAAACGAGAGUGACAAAACUCAUGAUGUGUCAACAAAAUUAGUUUUCAACGCCUAUCAAUAUACAGGAAAAAAAAUUGAUCUUGUUAAGCAAACAAAAGCUGAUGUAUCUGUCGGACCAAAAGGUUCCCAAAUUGUCAACUUGGAUAUUUCUUGGGAUGACUAUAAAGAUUGCUUGAUAUCAACAUGCAUGUUUAAAAUAAUUUGCUUGUGUUCUGUAUCAAAAGAAAAUUUUGAUUACUUUACUGAUUUGAAUAUCCAAUUAAUCAAGCCAACAAUAAAAAUUGAUGCUAAAGAGCUUGUUGCUGUUAAUGGAAAAAUUGAAGCAACAAUGAGCUUCACCAAUCCAUUACCAAUUAAAUUAACAAAUGGUCAAUUCCGAAUUUUAGCACCAGGUUUAGAAAAAAAUUUAAAGAUCAAGUUGGACAAUAUUGUUGAACCAGGUGCUCGUGUAAGCUGUAAUUUUACAAGUAUCCCCAAGCGCAAAGAAAAUUCAACAAUUAUUGUAAAAUUUGAAUCAACGGAACUCAAUGGAAUCGAAGGAUUUUUACCAAUUAAAGUUGUUAAAAAACUUCCAUCUCUUCCUCCAACAAUUAUUGCUCCAAAACCUGAUGAUGUUGGUGCAUCUGAUAAACCAACAGCUGUUGAUUUAAAACCCGUUGAUGUUGGUGCAUCUGAUGAACCAUCAGUUGUUUAUUCAAAACCUGAUGAUUCUGUCUCAGUUGUCACUGAAGCAACUGUUCAUCCAAUACCUGGUGAAACUGCUUCAACAUCUCGCACUGAAGAAUAUCAACCAAUUCCUUCAACAUCUACAGCUCCAACACCAAUGGAAGAUGUUCAUCUGAUUGAGGAAAUUGAAUCGACAAGCGUGGCACCUGACGAACCAAAAAAAUCUGAAAAACCUGAAAUACUGCAUAUUUUGAGUGUUGAUGGAUGCAUUGAGGAAAAUGGGGUGAAUCAUCAAACCAAAAACUAUGAGAUUAUGCAACAAGGAACAGGACUGGUCGUUCGACGUGGACAAUCAUUUUAUUUGAAUGUAAAAUUGAAUCGUCAUUAUAAUCCAAGAAGUGAUAGUAUUAAUAUGAACCUUAAAAUGGAAGUGGAACAGAAUAUUUAUCCAAAAAACAACAAGAUACCACAAGUUGUGGUACCACUGUUGAAUAAUCAACAGCUCCAAACAUGCUGGAUUGCAACAGUAAAUAUACCAACCAUUACAUGUGUGGGAAAGUACCACAUUCAAUUUGAUACAUUCACCAAGACCACUCCACCAUCAAAUUUUACCAUCGAUGAAUGUUUAUACAUAAUUUUUAAUCCAUGGUGUCCAGACGACAAGGUCUACUUGAAUAACCAAGAACAUCGUCAAGAGUACGUGAUGGCUGAGGAUGGAUUAAUUUGGACUGGACAUGCAAGCCAAAUGAAAGCAACACCUUGGUCAUUCCGUCAGUUUAACAAAGAUGUACUUGAUACAGCAUUUCAUUUGAUUAAUGUCAAGUCAAAUGUUGAUGUAGUUGAUAGACAUGAUCCAAUAUAUGUAUCACGAGCAUUAUCUGCUCUUGUAAAUGGUGAUGAUUAUGAUGAAGGAAUUUUACUGGGAAAGUGGGAUGGAAAUUAUGCAGAUGGAAAACACCCCCAGUCAUGGUUGGGGUCAAAUGAUAUUAUUCAAAAAUAUCUCAAAGAAAAAAAGUCAGUCAAGUAUGGACAGUGCUGGGUUUAUGCUGGUGUUUUUGCUUCACUUUGUAGAGCUUUGGGAAUACCUUGCAGAGUUGUUACCAACUAUGAAAGUGCUCAUGACACCAAUGAUAAUUUACAAGUUGAGCGAUGCUUUGACUAUGAAGGAGAAGAAAUUUAUAAUAAAGAAUUUAGAGGGCACUCUGUAUGGAAUUUUCAUGUUUGGAAUGAAAUCUGGAUGACCAGAUACGAUUUGUAUAAUAAAGAAUUCCAUGGCUGGCAAGUUAUUGAUACAACACCUCAAGGAGCAAGUACACGAAAUAACUCGUACAGAUCACAGUAUACAUGUGGGCCUUUUCCAGUAACAGCUAUCAAACUUGGAGAGCUUGAUAUACCAUUCAAUGCUGAAUUUAUUUUUGGUGAAAUUAAUGCUGAUGUGUGUUACUUCAAGAAAAAUAAUGAUAAUGAUAUAAAAAUGUUUGACAAAGUAGACCGGCUUAGUGUUGGACAACAUAUCAGUACAAAAGCUGUUGGUUCUUAUAAACGUGAAGAUAUUACUGACACGUAUAAAUUUCCAAAAGGUUCCAUUGACAGUCGUAAGUCUAUUCACAAAUUUCAUACUUAUUGUGGAGAUGUUGGUACAAGAGAUGCUGAUUGUCCAGCAUCUAAUUUCAACAACAUCACAUUCAAUUUAGAUGCAACAAAUUACGUUGUAAUUGGACAACCAUUUAGGUAA